UUCAGGCCCUGUAUUUUGGCAUACCCGGAGAAUACAUGGUUAAUUAUGAUUGUGAUUAUUGCACUUGGACUCUUGCUGACUCCUUCUCUUGCUGGUAAGAAUGAGAAGAGAAAUAAGGAGAUAAGCAUUGAUAAGAACGCCCAAGAAACUGUGUACAUCAACAAAGCAGAGGGCACAGCCUAUAUUGACAUAAACGAUGGCAGGAAAUCGUGGAACCUUGUCUGGAACUACAGAUCGGGAUACCUUGCAAGCAGAUCAUUUGAAAAUAAAGUCUGCUUCAUUUCUAAGAUUAACAAAGAUCUGAUGCCUGAUGUAGUUGCUUUCGCCAAGAAGGGCAUAAAAGAUCAAAGAGCUCCACCAAAAGAGGUCACUCAGAUCAUCUCAAAGAGAAAAAUCCGUGACCUCAAGGCCUAUGGAGAAAGCGUCUAUGCUCUGUGCAAAGGGCUGCCUACUUACACAACUUAUGAAACACACGGUCACGUGUUUGCGAGCCAAAGAAAACCCAAACCUCCCCAACAGCCAAGAAACCCCCAGAAUGAGCAAGCACCCACAAAACCCACGUGA